GGUCACCAUGACAACCACAGCAAGCGCAGGGCAUCGCGAACACUUACUGAUGGUUUACUCUCUUCAAACCAACUUGAUUGAAAAGCUCGUACGAUUAUUUUGUUCGAGUUGUGAGUCUGAGGGGUUUCCUACAACAAAAUGGACUCUUCUGUGAUUCUACCCGUUGAAGCAGAGGGGUUUAUUCAGAGUUUGGAAACUUUCCCUCUCAAGGAAGUCGGCUCUGAGAGGUGGUUCAGACAGCACACGCACAUCGAGAAACUUAACAUGCAGGCCAUACUGAAUGCUUCUGCCAUGCACGAUGAGUUUGUCAAGGACCUCCUGGUGUUGUAUGGGAAGAUACCUAUUCUGGUGCAUGAAAUGAUCCUUGUCGAAGUGUGAAAGCACAAAGUAUUCCCCAUUUUGUGUCAGCUGGAGGACUUCAACCCCAAGAACACGUUUCAUCUCUACAUGGUGAUCCACCAUGAAGCCACGAUCAUAAACCUGCUUGAAACGAUAAUGUAUCACAAGGAUUCGUGUGAGGCAGCUGAUGACUCCGUUCUGGACUUGGUGGAUUACUGCCACCGCAAACUCGCCCUGCUGGUCGGCAAAGCAGCUCCCGACCAACAGGAGCCGGAAGGGAAGGCGGACGCAUCCCUGACCGACUCCAUGAAAGAUGUACAGGUGCAGAGCGCCGCAGAGGAAUUUGAAAUCGCCCUGAAGGCCGUCUCUGUGCUGCGCUUCAUCACCGAUCACACCGAGAGCGUUAGUGUCAUCAACCGCAUGCUGUGCACCCAUAACAUGCCUUGCGUGCUGGUUCAGUUGAUUGGCCGCUGUCCUUGGAGUCGCUGUAAAGACGGUGAGGUGGAAAAGUACGUGAAUGGCAGAUGGCAGAGGAUUCCUGUCGAGGACCAUUUAAAGAUGACAAAACUCGACGGUCAGGUCUGGAUUUCCCUUUACAAUCUGCUGCUGAAGGAAGACUGCCAAAGGAAAUAUGACUUCAACAAUUUCAACAAGAACCAGCUUCUGAAGCUUCGAGGUUUCAUGACCGAGGUGUUGAUUGAUCAGCUGCCGAACCUGGCGGAGCUGCAGGUUUUCCUGGCUCAUCUCACCGUUACAGACCCCGCCCCUCCAAAGAAAGAACUCAUUUUGGAACAGAUCCCGGAAAUACGGGACCACAUUGUGAGACAGAAUUCCGGGAAGUGGAAGGCGAUCGCAAAGUACCAAGUCAAAGAAACCUUCAGCCCAUCCGAAAGUGACCUGAAGCUGCAGGCGGAGAGGUUGAACCAGCUGUACAAUUUGGACGUGAUGGAGAGUUUACUCCCUGAGAAGCCAAAGUGUGGAUCUUGUGGGAAAGAAGCAGCAAAGCGAUGCUCUCGGUGCCAGGGAGAAUGGUACUGUGACAGAGAAUGUCAGGUGAAGCACUGGUCUAAACACAAGAGCGCCUGUCAGAUGAUGGUCGAGGUCUCAGAGAAGAUCCAGAAGGACCUGCACGUCAACAGUUAACCAGGACAGGCUGGUGAUGCACACGAAAGGACUGGUGCUGGAUAGGAGACACGGACGUGAUAUGUGCACAAUCCAAACAAGCAUUCCUAUACAUUUGGAUUUUUUUUUUUCUUCUCUUAAUGAGGUCAAGUUUCUGCCCAGUAAGAGAUCGUUGACGUGCCUUUUUUGUCUUAAAUACUGUUAUUGUGUUGAUCACUUUAUUGACGGUGAAUUUCAACUUUGUUUGUUUGUUACUCGACACAGUGGAGCAGAAUGUCUCUUCCUUACACACCAGCAACAAAUAAAACCCUCGACGUUGUCUUCUCACAACAGAUAGAGUGACAUAUUAAUAGUUUCACCUUGUAUAAGUGAAUUAGUAGCUCCUCUUCAUAGAGCAUCCUUUUGUACGUUCCGUCUUAUAAACUCCUGCUUGUUUGGAUCGCUCUUCUUUCUUUACUCUUUAUCUUUUAUUCUUUAUUCUAUAUUCGGCUGAAUAAAUACUCUGUCCAGCAGGCCA